AUGAAGGGCUCCAGUAGCGAGCCAGGGCCUAGCUCUGCGCCGAAGCUUUCGCUGCUUCCAUCCAACGUCCUUACCAUCUUCCUCGCCAGCUUCCAUGUCCGACACGGCAAUCAGAUCGACUAUCAAUACCCGCCCGCUCCGAAGUCAAGCAGUACCGAUGAGGCCCUUGUCGAUGUCACAGAUGACACAGCGCAGGAAGGCGAUGCGGACGACGAAAACACCGGUGUCGACCUUUCGGGCGUCGAGUGGAAGGUGCUUCCCAGUGGCGGACAUUUGAUCAACGAGGACGUCAUCUACUUCCAGACCUCGCGCCCAGGAAGUAUCGGCGUGGCGUGCUUUCGCAAGGUCGAUCUCGACAACGAGGAUGCAGAUGCAGCAGCGCAGAGGGGUGCGCGGAUGGUCAGCGCCGGCUUGAUCCUCCAGUGUGAAGGACCGGCAGACCAGCAUCCCUCCGGUCUGGCUCAGCAACUGGCUAUCGUUCCGCACGUCUCGAACCUCAAGAAGCUGGCAGAGGAACUCGCUCAUGAUCCCGAAGAUGUUCGUCCUCUUCGUGCAUACUACGGCACCCACCGUGCCUGCAGCGCCGCUGCGGACGUCACGCUCGACGGCAAACGCAUGAAGCAACUGCGCAUGCGAAGACGUCGUGACCCACGCAACCUUCCACACGAUCCGAUCUCACAUAUGCCUGCACUGUGCGGCUCGCUGGGCGCUCUGCUCCCUCACCUGCUCAAAAAACUCAUGCUGCCACGCCACCGAUUGCUCAUCUUCUCGCCAGCCCCGCCCAUCGCCAAUGCCGCCCACCUCGGGUACAACCUCGCAGAUCUUGUAGCGCUCGCGGUGGGCAGAUCAGGCAGGCGCCACGAGAACUUGCUUGCGCUUGCGCAGCGCGGCAUCAUCGACGUUCGUGGGCAGAUUGGCGUACAUGACAUUUCGGACCUGGAGCAGGAGCAACAGCAGCACACAAAGAGCCAUGACAUGCUACCUCAGCGCAGCUGGAUCGCCUGGUCCACGGAUAAGAUCCUGCUCGAGAAGCCGCAUCUGUUCGACAGCGUGCUCGAUCUGACUCCUCUGAUCACACGCGACUCGCGCGGCGUGCUGGAAGAGGCUCUGAUGGAGACGUCGUCGACCGGCGCGCGACUCUUUACCGUAGUCCGACCUCCGGCGACGGAAUCGGGCAAACGCGGCGGCGGCGCGCAGCUCAAGGCUGAAAGCUGGACCACACGAGAGUUCGCCACAUUCAACGAGCUCGACGCACAGGCGCAGCGCAAUGCCGAGCGAGCGGAACGCUUGGGCGCUGCUGCAUGCAUCAGCCGGCGCAGGUCGAGGAACAAGCUGCUGCGGUCCAGCUCGUACCGCUCCGAGGAGGCCCAGGAGCGCUCGUCGCGCGAUAUCGAGUAUACGCAUGCGCAGGGCGAUUCAGUGUCGCAGUGGCGGGGUGGUUGCUCGCCGCGCCGCAGCGGCGCUGGUACGUUGAGCGCCGCGCUCGCCUUCUUACGCUACUGGUUGGCCGGAUGGUGGUUCCUACCGCGACACUGGCGGUACGGCCUGCCGGCGGCGUACGUGCUGCCGCUGGGCAUCCGAGGCGACGGAGGCGUGCGUGCCAGCAUCCUGGUCAUGCCUGAAGACGAGAGCGACGACGAAGACCUGGACGACGAGGAAGACCGCGAGAUCGCUGCGGAGGACGAAGCGGAAGAGGAGCGCCGCAGUGCCUUGGAAGCCGAGCCGGUCGACGGAGCGGGACGAGCGGACGAACACGUGGCGGCGCGCUCGCGCGUGGCAGCGGUGAUGGCGGGAGAUCAACAGACGGGUACCAACAGCUCGUCGGACACUGAGGAACUGGAGCUGCAUCGAGGCCACGCGCACCAUCUCAUCCCGCCCGAUCCGCUGCUGGCGGCGGUGGGUGCGAGCCCCGUGCGCGGGUCGGGCGUGGCCGAGUCGGACCGACUGUCGAUGUCGCAUGCGUCGUUGCGUCGGCGCAGCACGGACCGCAGUGCAUAUGCGCGCUCGGUGGGCGGCAGCGAGGGGCAGCACGAGCUGGGCGCGUGGUACAGCGACGAGCAGGACCGCUUCCACUCGAUCCUGUCCGACUCGCUCUGGAUGGUGUGGUCGCACUGGACCGCGGCGCUGGUGUCGGGCCUGCUCGAUAUCCUCGAGGACCGGCUGGCGCAGAUCGAGCAGGAGGACGACGCGAGCCUGAGCGAAGAGGCCGACGUGUCGGCGCUGCUCAUCUCGCGCGUCGCCGAGGGGCUCGAGAUGUCGCUGGGCCCGGCGGAUAUGGCUUCGCUCGGCCUGAGUGCAGGCAAUCAGCUCGAUGUGCAGCUGGUGGAAUCGCUCGGCUCGACGUGCCUCCAGCUGCUCACGUCGUCGAUCUGCGACGGCGUGUGUCAGCCGCGCGUCAAAGUCGAUCGAGGCUGGUCGCUCUUUCGCUGGAUCCUGUAG